AUGCGCUGCAUUCCGGAAGAGCUGUCCGUUGAGUUUCGCCAGCAACAGCUCGAGAAAGCGCCAUCAAGUCCUCUUCAGCCGCCAUGCGCUGAAGGGCAGAUGUUAGACGAACGCUCCGAAACAGUUUCGAGCUUACUGGCCUUUCUUCGCAGUCAUAUCGAGAGCCGAGAGGAUUGCAAGCUUGCUCAGCGUCGUGUGUCCCAAAGGGAACCGCUGGAGCAGCGACCCUGUCCCUCCCCGGAGCCGCCUGCCAGUUUCACGACAGCCCUCUCACUAGCAGCCCGCUCGACAAAUCACCGUCCUCGUAAUUGUCCGCUGUGUAACUGCCCUUCUCACGCUAUUCAAGAUUGCCACGCAGCUGUGUCUUCCACCGACAAGCGUAGAAUUCUCUCAGCCAAGCGUUGCUGUUUCCGCUGCGGCAAAUACAACCAUGUCUCACGCAAAUGCCGUUCCUUCAGGUACCUGACGUGCUCCACCAGCGAUGAGCAUCAUCUGUCCCUCCUCUGCGACAUCCAACGCCAGUCCUGCACGCUCCUCGCACAACCCCACCACGACGGCCACGUGCACUUGCCGUCCCACGCACAUCCUCCUCCAAACCGCUCCCGUCUGGGCACUUGGACGGCAAGCCAACCGUCUCGUCCGCGUGCUCUUUGA